AUGAUGGUCUUUAUGGAGAAAUUUGUGGAUGCAUUGCAGGCUGUUGGAAUUGUUGGGUGGCAGUAUGGAACGGAAACUGUGAGAUCAAAAGUUCAUGCCAUCUGCUGUUCAGUUGAUGUGCCAGCCCGUGCAGCAGUGACAAACCAGACGCAGUUUAAUGGAAGAUUUGGCUGCUGCUGGUGCCUGACCUGUGCAGAACACAUUGAAGGUGCUCCUCGGUACAUCCAGACUGACUUUGUACUGAGAAUGGAAGAAGGUGUCCUGAGAGACAUGAAGCUUGCCCUUGAGCUCAAUAUGCCAGUGAAUGGCAUCAAGGGGCCAUCGCCAUUGAUAAACCUUGAUUUCUUCAAUCCAGUGCUGAGCCAGGCAGUUGACUACAUGCACUGUGUGCUGCUUGGAGUGGCACGGCAGCUUACUGAGUUUUGGCUGGACAGUGCAAACUCCCAGGAGCCGUUCUACAUUGGCGCUCCUUCAACUCUAGCCAAGCUGGACAAACGUCUCCUGAGUAUCUGCCCACCCCACUGUUUCACACGGCUACCAAGGUCCUUGGCAGACAGGUGCUUCUGGAAGGCGAGCGAGUGGAAGAACUGGCUGCUCUACUACUCUCUGCCAACAGUACUUGGAGUGCUGCCACCGCGGUUCUGGAGGCACGUGUCAAUGCUGGCGGAAGCCAUUUUCACUAUGCUCAAGAGUGAAAUUUCACCAACUGAUCUUCAGCGGGCAGGUCACCUGCUUCAGUCGUUUGUGUCAAGAGCUGCAAGCCUCUAUGGGACUCGCUUCAUGACCUUCAAUGUCCACCAGUUACGCCAUCUGACGUCGAGCGUGGAGCAUCUGGGUCCCCUUUGGGCCAACUCGGCAUUUCCCUUUGAAACAGGGAAUGGGAAGCUGACCAAGAUGGUAAAGGCGGCAAAAGGAGCUCCAACACAAAUACUGGAGAGAGUCGCUCUGGAAGGAGAGCUGGAACUUGCCCUGCAUUUGCUUUCUCUGCCGCAUGAUGUCACGAAGUUCUGCGAAAGACUGCUUGGCAGAGUUCCUAUUAAGAAAGCAACUAGAGUUGAUAAUGUAUGCUUAUUUGGAGCGCCGGUUACAGCAACAUUGUCCACGCAGGAAAUGCAAUCUGUGCAGAAUUUCUUGGACACAUGUGCUGUAAUUAAGGAAUACUUAAGAAUGAGCUUUGAAGGGACAGUUAUACACAGCCAGCAGUAUAGAAAGGCAAAGAAAAGUGACUGUUCUGUAGUAGCAGGCCACGAUGGUCCGCUUGCAUAA